GGCGGGCAGAGACAGAGGCACCCCGUGAAGUACCAGUAGGUACUUCCCUUCUUACUGAUGCUAAAAGAAUGUGUUUACUUGCAAACAGCCUCGUCUUAUUUCCUCCUUCUCCACUUCUUUACACCACCUCUUCAACUUGCCAUAAUGGACACUAUAAAUACGCGCUGCUUCAUUUCCGGCUUCCGCGGCGACUUCGCCAUCACCACCGCCCUCGCGUACUAUUACCGUGGCCAUUACAUCUAUGGACCAACUGGAAACCCAAUUGAGCCCCAGCAGUUCACCAAUGGCAGGAUCAAUGUGGCGGGAGUUACUGCGACUGCCGCCCCAUCGUAUGACCCCCAUAGCCCGCGCCUCCGUUCUGAGAAUGAGGUCGCUGCUCUUUGGAAGUCAAAGAUCAACGAGGAGACCGGAAACUUCAGUCAAUACAUCAUCACUGAGGAGGAUGUCGAGAUGAGGCCGACUAUUCGACAUGCUGCUCAAGCCGCUCUUGCUUCGGGUUCUGUUCUCGCUUCUUCUUCCAGGGUCCCAACUUCCCACGACCAUACUGUCCGCUUUGCCAACACUCUGAUCCCGCAGAUCACCACCCGCCCCUCCAGCAUUGACACACGUCGAGCCCCGCAAGAGCUCAUCGCUCGCACCGCUACCAGCCCGCGUCUCUUCGUCCCUCACGACUACGCCCACGCAAACCUCCACGCUGCGUCUGCGCCGGCCUCUCACCAUACUUCGCCAUUCGUGUCUACGAACAGCUCUCCAGCUCUCACUCGUGUUAACUUGCGCAAUAUCAAUUCUUCCAGCCGCCUAACGAAGCUCAUAGCCGACGUACACCCAGAUGUAGAUCUAAGAGCCUUCCCUUUCAUCCCUAGGUCUGAUGAGCCUUUCUGGGUCGAUCACUUGACCGCCCCUACUGCCCCCGUCAUCAAGUGCGCCAUCCAUGGCGGAGACUGUGACGGCUUGACGACAACAGAGAGCAACACGACGGAGCGGUAUCUUCUGGGGAGUGGAUUCCGAGAAGACGUGCCAAUGUUUGUGAGAGGGGGAGAUCGGGUGAUGGUGGAUUGGUCCCGGGUGAAGGACCAAGAGAUGGAGAACUUAGACAGGGGGAGGGAAAGGAGUAUGGAGAUUGAGGGGGUGAAGUGA